AUUCUCCUAAAACUCCACGCACGGAAGGAGUAACAAGUAAUAACCUUUAGUCAUUCGUUACCUAGAACUAAUAUAUGGUCUAGAUUUUAACAUGUAUCAACGUAUACCAAUUCAAUGACCAUGAUUCAAAGCUUGUGGUGCUCAUCUUUUAAACAAAAUCAACUCUACCAAUUUCUAACACCAAAAACUUAACCAUAUUCCAACCAAGUUCUUCCAUUGUAGCAUUUCGCAAUUCACAAUUUACAAUUUCACAUUGUUCAUAGUCUUAUCCCCUCACAAACCUCGAACACUUCACAAAAAUGGUAGCCAACCUCUUCUCUCCUUCUCAUCCACUAUCAUCUUGCUCCUCAAUCUCCAACUAUAAUAAAACCAGAGAAUUUUCUCUCUCCUACCAUACCCAACAACAACAACAAUUUCCAGCUAUUUCGAAGCCGAAAAGAGCAGUAAAAGUUGCAGUUUCUGCCUCCCUCCAAGAAAUUGAAUUAGCAUCAGAUUUAGCCAAUCAUCUUCAUGAAAAUCCAUCUUCUUUGUUUGUAAUAGCAGAAGGUGUUGGGUAUUCUGUUGCUAGCUAUUAUACUUCUCUGGGUCUGUUUGUUAUCUCUGUUCCGGGCCUUUGGUCUCUCAUCAAACGUUCUGUUAAAUCUAAGAUUGUAAAAAAGACAUACGUACAAGCGGAAGAGAAUAAAAAGGCACCAAAUCAGGUUGCAGGAGAAAUCUUAUCCUACUUCACUCGUAACAAUUUUGCGGUGACCGAUAGAGGAGAGACUAUUACUUUUGAAGGGAUGAUGGUACCGAGUAGGGGGCAAGCAGCAUUGCUGACAUUCUGCACCUGCAUAAGCCUAGCAAGUGUGGCUCUAGUGCUUACGAUUACGUUUCCGGAUGUGGGCAACAAUUGGUUUUUGAUCACUGCCCUUAGUCCUUUGGCUGGAAUAUAUUACUGGCAACGUGCAGCGAGAAAGGAGCAGAUCAAGAUCAAAAUGGUUGUAGGAGAGGAUGGGACACUGUCCGACGUCAUAGUUCAAGGAGAUGAUCAGCAAGUGGAGCAAAUGAGGAAGGAGCUACAGCUGAAUGAAAAAGGGAUGGUGUAUGUCAAGGGCAUUUUGGAAAGAUAGUCACACCAGAUCAAGCAAGAACCCUCUGCAGAUUCUUUUCACGGCUACUAUUAGAUACAACAGUAAAAUGUUAAAUUUAAUCAAGAAAAUCUCACUCCCUUUAUCUUUCUUGAGAGCAUUUUGUAAGGCAAAUAGUCUUUGCUGAGAUGUAAAUACUUCCAGAAAUCUACAGAGCCACAUGCAUCUAAAGUUCAAAUCUUUACAA